GGCGGCGGGGAGAGGCGAAGGAGGGGGGGUGCGCGCCGCCUGCCUCUCCUUCUCUCCCUCUUCUCCCUCACUCACUCUGCUUUGCCCUGCCUAGUGGCACUGGGGGAGUCCGGGGGCCCAGCCGACGCCGCUGACGCCUUGCCCGGCCCGAGGCCGCUUGCCACGCUCCGCGCCCCAGCGCCGCUGCCGCCGCCCAGCGCCACCCCACUGGGCUUGACAUUUGGAUUUCCGCGUUAGCAUUCGGCGCCGGGUUGACGCAGGAGAAGCCGCAGCAGCAGCACCGGCAGGAGGAGGAGGAAGAGGAAGAGGAGGAGAAGCGCCCCCCACGGACUUCCAAGUCUCGCUGCCUGGCUGGCUGGAGGACCGGGACUCGUCCGGGUGUCGUGCGGCCCCCACCUCCACUCCAUCCCUCUCCCCUUCCUUCCCCCUGCCGUCCUUCCCCCAUGCCAUCGGCCAACUCGGAGCCACUCCGGAGCGCAGUGUGAACGCCGUCCCGCGGACGUGGGCAACGUGGGAAGGAUGCCCGAGACCGGACAGGACGCCCCCGGCAGCCAAGCGCAGCCCCCGCCGCCGCCGCAGCAGCAGCAGCAACAGCCCCCUCCGUCGUCGCAACCCAAGGAGUCGCCGUUCUCCAUCAAGAACUUGCUCAAUGGGGACCACCCCAAGGCGUCUCCUAAGCAGCCCCGGGCGCUCUUCCCUCCGGCGGCCAAGGGGGCUCUGGAGGGGGCCGGCUUCGCCCUGUCGCAGAUGGGUGACCUCGCCUUCCCGAGAUUCGAGAUCCCGGCGCAGAGAUUUGCUUUGCCUGCACACUAUCUGGAGAGGUCCCCUGCCUGGUGGUAUCCUUACAGUUUGACGCCCGCCGGAGGCCACCUGCCUAGGCCAGAAGUUUCCGUGGACAAAGCCUUCCUCAGAGACUCCUCGCCGGCCUCGGUGGGCACAGACAGGGACUCCCCGGACGAGCCCUUGCUGAAGGCCGAGCGAGAGGCGAAGGAGCUGGACUCCAAGAGCCCCGACGAGAUCAUCUUGGAGGAGAGCGACUCGGAGGAGGUGAAGAAGGAGGAGAGCGGCGCCGAGGACUGGCCAAAGCGCGAGUCGGAGGCGGGCAGCCCGGAGAAGAAGCCUUGCCGCAAGAAGAAGACUCGCACCGUCUUCUCGCGCAGCCAGGUCUUCCAGCUGGAGUCCACCUUCGACAUGAAGCGCUACCUGAGCAGCUCCGAGCGCGCCGGCCUGGCCGCCUCGCUCCACCUCACCGAGACUCAGGUCAAGAUCUGGUUCCAGAACCGGCGCAACAAGUGGAAGCGGCAGCUGGCCGCCGAGCUGGAGGCGGCCAACCUCAGCCAUGCCGCGGCGCAGCGCAUUGUCCGGGUGCCCAUCCUGUACCACGAGAGCGCCGGCGCCGACGGCGGGGGCAGCGGGGCGGGCGGAGGCGGCGGAGGCGGCCCGACGGCGGCCAGCGCGCCUGUCAGCCAGCCCCUGCUCACCUUCCCCCACCCCGUCUACUACUCGCACCCCGUGGUCACCUCCGUGCCGCUCCUGCGGCCCGUCUGAGGACUGGGCCUAGCUCAGACGGACAGGGGACGAGUCAGGGAGGCAGGAGGAGAACGGAGCAGGGAGGGAGGGAGGGAGGGAAGGAAGGCAUGAGAAGGGGUCAUGGAUGGAUGGAUGGAAGGAGGGUGGCUUCUUUAAGAACCGCGUUGAGGGACAGCCACCCUCUCUUGCCUCUCUCAGCCCAGGCCUCCGGGACGAAGCGAUCGCCCCCCAUCACCAAGGACCAGCAGGAACCAAGCAAAGAUUUGGCUGUGUAAGUAGCGCCCGGAUGCUCUGCGCAACGCCCGGCGUGGAGAGACUCUUCCCCUUCGCGGUUCGCUCCUUCUACUUUUGGGUUGUUCAGGAGGAGGACAGAACGGUCGUGGUGAGACCACCACAGAACUACAACCCGGGCUCUGUAGAAGUAGAGAGUGGGGGCUGAUGAGAGCGCUUAGCUUUGCUCUGCUUUAAGGUGGAUUUGGCUAUUUAAAAAUAAAUAAAUGGAGAAGCGUUGCGCAAAAGGAGAUCACCCUCGUGCACUGGUGGUGGUGGGGAGAAAUCACGUGUCCAGAUGGUGCCAAAUGCUGGCGGGGAGAGGAGGGGGUGCUAUGUUGCUUGGAAGCCUCCUGGCUUUAUGGCCCUGGUCCACUUUUGCAAGGAUCUGUUGGUCCUAACUGCCCGAGUCUCCAGUUCUCUGGGAUCUCUAAGGAGAAACGCGGCAAGCGUCACCGUGAACCAUUUUUGACUUGAUUAUUUAUGACACUCCUUAUUUUAUUCUGUUCCGGGUGCGUAUAUCUUUAGUUCUUUCUUUCUUUCCAGAAUAAUAAUCAUGAUAAUCAUAAUAAAAAAGAUGUUGUGGAGAGCUGUAGUCCUUCCCCGGUCCCCGUUUCUUCUUCAAAGCAGCAGCUCCUCUGGUUUAUACCGCUGACCUGUGCAAUACUGUACGAUUCUGAAAGCACUAUAGGGUGUAUUUUUUGUGGGGGGAGUUGUAGGUGAGGAAAUGUCGGGUUUUGGGGGGGAGAAGUGCACAAAUAUAACGGGGGAGACAAAAAAGGGGGGACGGACAAAAGGCAGCUGCUCCUGAACUCCAAACUUCACAAGAGGUCGAGUGUGUCGGGCGCUUUAAGUGAUGGACAAUCAGUCUCUUUAAAGACGAAUUGUAACUUAUUUGCUAUUCUGUACAGCUUUCUUGUCAGUUUCAAGGAGGGCGCGUGGGGUUUUUCGCCUGAAUGGGGUGGAAUCUCGAAUUCUUUCGUGUCAGUCUUUCUCACCUGUUGUCUGACAAAUUAUUCCCGGGCCUCCCCAGAUUUAUUCCUCUCCCCACCUUCUCCCUCUCUAGCAGGGAUCAGUCCUAUUUUUAAAAUUUAAAGAAGAAGAAGAAAAUAUUGUUAUAAGAAUUCAGUGUCGUGAUUGGAGGGAGGGGCGGGCUGAAACAAAUAAAGAAAACCUGUUCAUUA